UUCAGCCUACUUAUGUCUGGUUGAGGGGGAGAAUAAAAGACAGUUUCCUCAGCUCUGAAUUGGAUAAGUCUGCAUUUUUAAAAACUCUUACAUUAUCCGCAAAGUUGUCAGAGCCUUGGAUUGAGAGUCGCUGAAAAGUCCUGUGCAUCUGUGCUGACCUACAGGGCGUCCUUGUCCGGAGCACUUUGCAUUUCAGAGGAUUGCUGUUUAACUGCUAGUUGUGUGUGACGCCAGAUUGAGAUGUCCUCCUUAAUGUUCUGACAUCAUCCAUGCAGAGUUCGAGUGCUGUUUAAACAUCUCGCAUUUGCUAGCAUGCUCUCCAGCUUCUAGAAAGCUGUUGAAAUCUCUGAGGUUUUGGUGAAGAUAUUCCUGAAGAAUUGUCCAAAGUUCCCUCUGCAAAAAUGGCCAAGCUGACAGCUGUUCCUCUCAGUGCACUUGUAGAUGAGCCCGUGCACAUCCGGGUCACAGGCCUGGCCCCCUUUCAGGUGGUGUGCCUUCAGGCAUCACUGAAAGAUGAGAAGGGAAUCCUGUUUAGUUCUCAGGCCUUCUACAGGGCCAGUGAAGUGGGUGAGGUAGAUUUAGAGCGUGAUUCCUCACUUGGAGGAGACUAUAUGGGGGUCCACCCCAUGGGUCUUUUCUGGUCCUUGAAACCUGAAAAGCUAUUGAGUAGAUUGGCAAAAAGAGAUGUGAAUACCCCCCACAAAAUCCACCUAAGACUUUGCCAUCCAUACUUUCCAGUACAAGGCCAAGUUGUCAGUUCUUCAUUGGAUAGCCUGAUUCUGGAAAGGUGGUAUAUGGCACCUGGUGUCAAAAGAAUCCAGGUAAAGGAAGGCCGUAUCCGGGGAGCCCUGUUUCUGCCUCCAGGAGAAGGUCCUUUCCCAGGGGUCGUUGACUUGUUUGGAGGUACUGGCGGACUGAUUGAGUUCAGGGCCAGUCUCCUGGCCAGUCAUGGCUUUGCCACCUUAGCUCUGGCUUACUGGGGCUAUGAUGACCUGCCCUCUCGACUGGAGAAGGUAGAUCUAGAGUAUUUUGAAGAAGGUGUAGAGUUUCUUCUGAGACAUCCUAAGGUCCUGGGCCCAGGUGUUGGCAUCGUUUCCGUAUGCAUUGGAGCAGAGAUUGGACUUUCUAUGGCUAUUAACCUAAAACAAAUAACAGCCACUGUACUUAUAAAUGGACCUAAUUUUGUUACUAGCAAUCCACAUGUAUAUCGCGGUCAGGUCAGCCCACCUGUACCCUGCAAAGAAGAAUUUGUAAUCACCAAUGCCUUCGGACUUGUAGAGUUUUAUCGAACCUUCCAGGAAACUGCAGAUAAGGAUAGCAAAUAUUGUUUUCCUAUUGAAAAAGCUCAUGGACAUUUCCUUUUUGUGGUGGGAGAAGAUGAUAAGAAUCUCAACAGCAAAGUGCAUGCUGAUCAAGCCACAGCACAGCUAGUGAAAAGUGGGAAGAAGAAUUGGACUCUGUUGUCUUACCCUGGGGCAGGUCACCUGAUUGAGCCUCCCUACUCCCCACUGUGCCCAGCCUCAAGGAUGCCCUAUGUGAUCUCAAGCAUCCACUGGGGAGGAGAGGUUAUCCCACAUGCGGCCGCACAGGAGCAUUCUUGGAAGGAAAUACAGAAAUUUCUCAAGCAGCAUCUCAUUCCAGAUUUGAGCAGUCAGCUCUGAGUAGACUUGGUUAUAUUACUGGAAAGUGGAGCUGGGCAUCUCCUGGCCAGCACCACUCCUCACUUCCAUAGAGGAAUGUCUUUGAUCUCUUAUUAGAUGAGGAAGGAGAGUACCACAAGAAAAUACAGGAGGACAGAGAGUGAUAACCUCUUGAGUUUGGAAGGGGAAACAUGUUUUCCGUGGAAUGAAGUGUCACACAGUGAGAAUCCUAUAUCUGUAUAAAUAAAAUCAUAGGCCUUUCCUAAAAUGUUCAACAUCAUAGCAACUUUCCGUAAUGAUAAUUAUCAAGGAAAUUAUCAGUAAUAAUUCACAGAAUACUUGGUUUAUAAAAGAAACAUGAAAAGAAUUUUAUGUCACUUGCUAAUUUCUUAAAACUCACAUUAAAUAUGCUUAGAUCAUUCUUGUUGGCAUUGGAAAUCUUAAAAUUCACAUUAAAUAUUCCUAGACCGUUCUUGUUGUCAUUAGAAAUCUAGAAACAUGUGUUUUAAGAUAUUGCUAAUGCUUGUUUGUAUGCAGGAGGAUUGAACCAGUUUACAAACAACAACAACUUAGAAAAUGUUAAUACAAUCACUUCUGCUUCUAAACAUUUGCAGCAUUUCCACAUUCUCUGUAAUAGGAGGGGGACACCUUGAGAUGUUCCGGAGUGCAGCUAAGGGAAGCACACAUGGUAGAGAGAAUGGUGGCCCUCUGGAUUAGUUCUGGGCACCUUUGUUUGUUUUGUUUUUGAAAAGUACUAUUCUGUGAAUAACUUCACCUUUGUUGUCUAGGCGGCUCCUGUCCGUGUGCUGCACUCUGCUAGGAUAAUAGGGAAGUAUGAAGAUGACAUCUGCGUCCCCAUCAAACUUCAGUCAUAGCUACUGAAAUUUACAUUUAGUAAUCUUGUUUUGAAAACAGUAAUUUUCUUUAAUUUUUUCCCAGUAUGUGCAAAUUUAAACCAUUGUUAAUACAUGGGCAGCACAAAAUAAACUGCAGGCUCACAGGGCAUAAUUGCUAGAGCAUUCAAAAUGGCCAUCAGUCUUCUCCAAAGGACAAAUCAUGGCACAAAUAUUCCUGAGCUACUAAGUUGCAAUGGGUAGAAGUUGAGGGUAACUGAUGGUUAACAGGGUUAAGACAUAUAUGUAGAUAUACACUUCAGAUCAUUUUUGAAGCAUGAUGAGGAACUAGUAAAGAAUUAGUAUAGUAACAACAUGAAGACACUUCUCCCAUGUCUGCCUGGACUCCUUUACUUUGGUCUGCUUUGUGAUAUUUUUUUCUGCUUAAAUUAAAAAAAAAAACUUA